GUCUCGAGGGUUGGACGUCAUAAAUGAGAAGGGGCUCGGCUGCAUCGGACAGAAGACAGUGUUAUUGACCAACAAUUCCCUGCCUUAGAAGGACUCGCACGAUAACAGACUUAUUGUUAUUUUAUAUCCGACUUCAUAGUUACUUUUUGCAUUCCUAUUGGUCGAGUCGCUUGUUAAAACGGCGACUUGAUCCCGACAAUCCGAGCUUUGAGUGCACUUAGGUCGAAAGGGAUGCCGCCAAAGACACACUCCGACGGGCGCAAGCAGUCACUGGAUGUCAUCUCGUCGCAUUUAAUCGGAAAGAGUAGUUUUUCUAUAAACCUAAAGAGCCUCCGAGCAGCGCAACCUCCACCGAGUGUAUGUCAAACAAUUGGUCACUAAGAACCGGAAAUAAUAAGACAGCUAGCCUAGCAUUAGCGGCGACGUCUCCGGAGCGAGCAAACAAGCCGAGAGCGAGGAGGUCACAGCGAUACUUGGUGGAAGUUCAUCUCCUUGUGUGCGGGAACAUUGUUUAAAGACUGCAAUGAAGCUGCUGGAAAACUCCAGUUUUGAAGCCCUCAGCUCUCGUUUGUGUGCAGAAACAGGAGAGUCUCGCAUUCUUGGCAGGAUCGAGAGCUACUCGUGCAAGAUGGCGGGCGAUGACAAACACAUGUUCAAGCAGUUCUGCCAGGAGGGGGAGCCUCACAUCCUGGAGGCCCUGUCCCCGCCCCAGUCCACCGGCACCACCAGCCCCUCCCAGUUGGCUAAGAGCAGCGAGGACGGGGAGAAUCCUCUGAGCGACAAGUGCUGCAGGAAGACUCUCUUCUACCUCAUCGCCACGCUCAACGAGUCCUUCAGGCCCGACUACGACUUCAGUGCGGCGCGGGCUCAUGAGUUCAGCCGGGAGCCCAGCCUCAAUUGGGUGGCCAACGCCGUCAACAGCAGCUUGUUCUCCGCUGUGGGAGAGGACUUCAACUCUGUGGGCCCCGAGCUGUGGAGCGCUAUCGACCAGGAGAUCAACCUGCAUGCCUGUGACAUCUACAGCUACAAUCCUGACCUGGACUCAGACCCUUUUGGAGAAGAGGGGAGCCUCUGGUCCUUCAACUACUUCUUCUACAACAAGAAGCUGAAGAGGAUCGUCUUCCUCACGUGUCGCUCGAUCAGCGUCCUGAGCGCUUACGGCUGCGACAGUCUGGAGAACGAGCUGGACAUGGAGCUGGAGGACGACGACGAGAUGGACGCUUUAACGGAGGACAGGUGUCCUCGAGCUUUGUGCGUGUGAAAUCAAAAGCGUUUUUCCCGCUCGUCCUGUCCCUCCUUUUCAUUUGGACGUCCCCAAAAGACUGAUGCAUGUUUUCUAGCUGGCUUUAUUAGAUGUCAGACAUCGCUGUGACAAGCAGGACGUUCCCGUUGUCCCCAAAGAGAGCAGGUGGGUGGGAUGAACCCAUACCAGCGUCAGAGACAAACUUGGGAAGAUGAAAGUUUCCAUCCUUGUGACACGUUCAUGACUGAAACUUGUCAAAUGCUGCAUUUUUUGUGAAAAAGCUAACUUUGACCUUCUUUAUCAGUCCUAUCUUGCCAGUUUUUACUGAUUGUGUCUUAACUUGAAAAGUGAAUGUAUAGUCCAACUAUAGACUGUCGUGUGUGUUGAAUAUAUUGCAGAUGUGAAUAAAAAGCCUUGGUUAUGAUGGUAAA